AUGUCCGUUUCCGAAAAUGCCUUUACUGGGCUACUCCAGGGCAGGAAAAGGGUUGGGACAGCUGUGGUGUUGGAAAAGAUCUUGAGGGGCCAGAGAGUCGGGCAUGGCUGGCGGGAGGCCCCGCCCCGUCCUCAGCGUCUCGCGACAUCACGUGCCGGCGGAGCUGAUAUAAAGGGCCCGCCGGCGAAGCGCCGCUCCCCUCUCAACGGCUCCGCGUCGUCGAAUAAGAGUCCGCGAAGCGUCGAGGAGGCCGCCAUGUUUAACAAGAAAACGAUGGUGUUGUGUUACGGGGGCGCCCCGAGCUUGGUCCCCAACGCCCCGCCUUCGCCCGGGGCCGGCGGCGUCGGCGACGACCUGCGUCGGGUGACGCUGGAGGUGGUGGGCCGCUACUUGCGCGAGGCGGCCGACGAAGGGGCCAAAGGGGAAGGCGGUGGCGGCGGCGCCCCCAAGUUCUCCCUGCAGGGCCUGAUGAGCCGCCUGGGGACCACCCAGGGCGAGGCGGCGGGCGCCACCCGGGCCCUGGAGACGCUCCGGCGGGGGGGCGACGGCAUCCUUGAGAAGCACCAGCUGGCUUUCCAAGGAAUGCUUAGAAAAAUGGAAAUCAAGAAAGAAGAGGACCUGAAGACUAUGUCAGAAGUGGCAACAGAAGUUUUCAGAGAUGGCAUAAUAAACUGGGGGCGCAUUGUGACACUCAUCUCUUUUGGUGCGUUUGUUGCCAAACAUCUGAAGAGCAUAAAUCAAGAGAGCAGCAUCAAUACCUUGACCGAGAUCAUCACUGAUGUGCUGGUGACGGAGAAAAGAGAAUGGCUAGUCUCUCAUAACGCCUGGGAGGGGUUUGUUAAAUUCUUCCAUGUAGAGGACAUAGAAGGCGGCAUCAGAAGCGUUCUGAUGACUUUUGCAGGCGUUGCUGGACUAGGAGCGGGUUUGGCAUACAUGAUCCGGUGAGCUCAAGGAUGCUCCCAGGGUGGAGCUAACUUGGAAUUCCUGUUCCUGCCACAACUAGAAAACUGAGCUGUUCUUUGACAGUUGAUGGGAGAAGCAACACCUGGCAAUCCCAUGGAAGGUUUGAUGUGACCUCUCAGUUCUAGCAUUGUACCCAACACGGAUGUAUUGCAGACAGGAGUAAAUUUGUCCAGUGAAGAGAUGUGCGCUCUGCUUCCACAAGAAGCAACGUGACGAAAACCUAAAAGUGGACUGAACCCUGCCCACUGCAGUUUUGCUCCUGGACUGACUUGCAGCUGCCUUGGGCCUGGUGCAAGAACUGCUGGAUGUAUUGGGUAGUGUUCUGUUCGUGCUGGUCUGUGCUUGUCGGCCAGAUGGUGUCUAACUUUCCAUCUUUUGUUAGGGCUGAAGGCUUAACCAUGCUUUGUGCAAUGUGCACAUAAGGACCUUCAGGUAAACACUGCAGAGGCCUUUAACUGUUGGUUGGUACCAAUGUGUGCCAGUUCUUCACAAUGAAAACCUUUGAGAAUCUAACCAGCUCCUUUGUAUCCUUCCCAAGGUUUGACCUGUUGUAUGUGUGCCCCCUUCAGUUCUGUUUGUUGUCUUGUCUCUUUGAAAGCAUACACUGCCAUACUUCCCAAGAUGACAUGCAGCUACACAAAUGUGCAUCAUGGCCUAUAAAUAUGUAUACAAUUCCUCAAGGAAGCUAAUUGAAAUGAUGUAAAUAAAUGUCUAAGAAUGUACACUUUGUACAAUUUCAAAGAGGUUUAUCUUUCAGAAAAGCUGUAAAGUUUUUUUUAAUAUGAUCAGAGUCAAGAUUUGCAUCCUUUUGUCCUGAUUAAAAGACAUACUCUAUCUUGGCCUUUUGGAAAGUUAUAAUUUGUACGCACAUGUAACAACUUCUUGGCUCAAGGAAGUGAUUACACUGUAUUGAUCAGUUGACUGUGUUGACACCUUUAAAAUAAAUGUGUUUCCUCUGAAUGGGAAAAGGGGGACAUACUGAAUGUUUA